GUGGCAUUUUCGUCAUUCACGGACUACUCAGUCAGCGAAAAGGAAGCACAGCACUCCAUGCAAACAGAUCAUGGCGACGGCAGAUUUGAUGCCUACGAAAAGUGGCACUGGAUGCUGGACUUGUAGGUUACGCCACAAAAGAUGCGAUCAGAACUUGCCUGUCUGUAAUGCCUGCCAGGCCCUUGGUAUCACGUGCUACUUCUCGAAUACCAAACCAUGUUGGAUGGAUAAUGGAAGUAGUCAGCACAAGAAGGCUGAGGAGAUCAAGUCGGAGGUAAAAUUGAGUGCUCAACGGCGGCGACGGAUGCAAUUCUUGCAAAGUCUAAGCCAAGGAACCGAAGUCAACCAAGCAACUGCUCAUUCAAUGGCACCACCAUUGGACAUAUACUCAGAUACAUCUGUUCGGAACGAAUCGGAACUGAGCUUGAUCAUGGCAUUCCUCGACUAUGUGUUUCCAAAGCUGUUCCCCUGCUACCAACCGUCGGCUAUCGAGGGUGGUCGCAGCUGGCUAUUAGUGCUGGCAUCCCAGAGUGACGCCUUCUAUCACACCAUAGCCAGCACGACGUUAUACUUCUUCUCAAUGGUUCCUGUUACAUCGAACCCGAUACCACCUGUCUGCAGCUCCAGAGCGUGGAGUGGUUUAUAUAGGCAAUCUAAGUCUGCGAUCGCAAUGUUGCAAGGCAGUCUUCAAAAUAUGGUUGGGAAAAGCGCCCACUCAGCGUUAGUAAGGAGUAUACACCUCUUGGGGAGCGUCCUACGAUUCUUGGAGUUUGAGGCGAUGAUAACCGCGUCCGAGAGCUGGAUCAUUCAUAUUAAUGCUGCCGUCGAACUUUUUGAGCACAUACUCUCCCAACACCGCUAUGGCUCCAUCGCUACACCAUUCAUGGCCAUCCUAGAUGAGCUGGUUUCACCGAAGGCUGGCCCAGCCUCAUCCGCAAUCCCUUUCCCAACGUGGAACGCCACCCAAGCCGCUUAUCGUUUCUUCGUCAGUAAUCUGAUGGUCAAUGAUAUCAUCUCGGGCUGUGCCUUGAGAAAGGCUCCAAAAUUGAAACGUUAUCAUAAUGAGCUACUUGGCCGACUUUCAAGAGACCAGAAACCAACGCUCGACUUAGAAGACAUCACUGGAUGCCAGAACUGGGUGUUGAUCCAGAUAGGUGAGAUCGCAGCUUUGACUGAAUGGAAGGAUAGAAAAAGGAAAGAGGGAAGUCUGUCGAGCCCGGCAUUGUCUCAACGAGCUAGCACAAUCCAGAGCGCAUUGCACGCCGGGUGUCAGCAGCUUGAGUCUUGCUCAGUAACAAGGAUCGAAAGCGAAGCGGCAAAGGAAUCAGCGCUCGACCCCCCCUAUUUUGCCACAGAUUACCUGCUUUCAUCCGAACUCCGCGGAACCAUCACGCAUAUCUGGGCGCAUGCGGCCUUCCUCUAUCUCCAGAGCGUAGUAGUCGGAUGUCAACCAUCAAAUCCUCAAAUUCACGAUUGUAUCGAACAGACAAUAUAUGAGUUCAAGAUACUAAAGUCACCUACGAUGCUUCGUUCUCUUAGCUGGCCGAUAUUCGUGACAGGGUCUCUUGCUAGUGGGGAACAAACUUCAAGCAUCCGGGCGCUUAUCGAUUCGAUGGGUACAUUGUAUAAAGUGGGUACCACUCAUCACGUAAUAGCAGCUUUGGAGAAGUUAUGGGCCGAUCGAUCAGCGUCCAACUCUGAUGAUUGGGACUUGGCUAUAUAUCUGGACACAUUGGAAUGGAGGCCUUUACUGAUUUAAGGACAUCUUCAAAUAAAAAUUCAAGAGGGCUUCCUAAGCAGGAUCUACGACGCCAUGAUGUGAAGAACUAUUCGGCGUAAUAUUAUGCCUUAAUUUUUAGUGAAAGAG